AUGUUGAGAUUUUGGAUUUUGAAUAAGGGCUUCAACUUUAAUAGAACACAAUUGAAAAUUUAGAAAAAGAACUUUAAGUAGAGGAUUUAAUUAUUUAAGAUUGUGAUUACUAAUAGUUCAUAUUACUAAUUAUAAAUAUAAGAGUUAUUGUCUGAAAAGAAUUAAAUUAAAAUAAGAGUAAAAGAAUUAGAAGUUUAGAAUAAAUAGCUAGAAAAUAAUCUUUAAAUAUAAAAUUAGAAUCAUUAAAGAACUAUAGAAGAAUUAAACUUAGAAUAAUAAAAGAAUGAAGAGAAACUCAGAAAACAUUUAGAAAAUUAAAUGGAUUAAUAAAAAUAAGAAUUCGAAAAAAUUUUACAAAAAUAGAGUGAAUAAAUUAAUGAUUAUGUCAAGUAGUUAGAGAAGGAAGAAGAAGAAAACAUUAUUAUAUAAAAUAAGUUAAUAGCUACUGAAUUACUUAAUUGUAAAUUAUAAUCAAGUCUCAAUGAAUUGUAAAUUGAUAUUAAAACAAAAGCUGAAACUAGAAAAUGUGUUUAAUAAUUUAAUGAAAAAUUAAUGGGUGAAAAUAUUAAUAAUCUAAAUAAGAUUGAAUCACUUAGUAUGUAAGUUGAUGGACUUGAAGAAAAAUUAUUAAAAUUAACAUAAUAACGAGAUCAUUUUAAAAAAUAAUUUGUAGAUAUUUCAUAGAAAAUCUUAUAAUCUCAAUAAGAAGUUUCUAAUUCUAAUAAUAGUACAAAUUAAUAUCAAUAUUAUAUAGUUAAAUUAGAACUUAAAAAUAAAUAUGAAGCCUGUUAAGAAUAAAUGAGAAAAUAUUAAUUAAUGCUUAGAGAUAGUAUAGAUGAGAAUAAAAAAAUAAAAUAAAUUAUUGGAUAAUUCCAAUCGCAAAUUGAAGAUUCUAAAUAUAAAUCUGAUUUUUACAUUAAAGAAAAUAAUAAUUUAAAAAAUUAAUUAAGUAAAAGAUAUUUUAUAAUUAUUACUAGAUAUCAUAUAAUAAAAUUAUAAAGAAUAAAUCAAUCAAUUAUAACAAAACUUAGUAAAUAAAGAAGUAUAAAUACAAAAAUUAAGUGAACCUAAUAAACUAACAAUUAAAAGAUUGUAAAAACAAAAUUAAUCUAUUUUAUCAAUUUAAUAGUAAGAAAAUGAGAAAAGAUAAUUGAUAGAGUAGAAAAUAAAAUCUUAAGAAUGA